AGAGAGAGUGUCGCAGCGGGCACGACCAAUACAGAUGCCGUGUUGGUGUUGAGUGCGAAUGCGGUGGCGUCGAGGCGAGUUGCUUUUGCGGGUCGUGGUGUGGGGAUGGUGGGUUUUGAGGAUGUGAUUGAUGUGUUCAGAGGGCGUGAGUUGGAUUCGAUUCGAUUCGAUUCGAUUAUUCUGAUCGAUCGAUUGAUUGAUCAGUCGAUUAUGCAAAUUCUUUGA